CCCUACCUAACCAGCAACACUCAGAGAGAGUGCUGGACUGUUUCAUUCCUUUAAAUAACCCUCCACUCAAAACCCAUUUCUGAUUACUGGAAGCUGCCACUGCCACAUAAUUAACUUGGCCUGCUCAGAAGGAAGCCCUCCUUUCAACUUCACUGUUCCUUGGCAAGAAGGUGAAGAGCAGAAAGAAGAAGGGAAGCCAGCAGUAAAUGAUGAAGGCUGGCUGCAGUGGUGGGUUUGGAGAAGUCUGCAGAAAGUUCAGGCCACACCUGCUCAUGGUCCUGGCACAGAUUUGCUAUACUUUCCUGUAUUUCAUCACUGAAGCUUCCUUCAACCAUGGAAUGAAUCCUAAUGUCUACGUAACGUAUCGUCACGUUGUGGCUGCUGUGGUCAUGUUCCCCAUUGCCUAUUUCCUUGAAAGAGAACAAAGGCCCAAACUGACCCUAGCCCUUUUCCUGGAGAUCUUCCUUCUGUCUCUAUUGGGGGUGGGUUUGACCUUGAACAUGUACUUUGUUAGCCUGAAAUACACAUCUCCAACUUUCGUUGCGUCAAUGGUGAACACCAUAGCUUCUGUGACAUUUGUUAUUGCGGUUGUGCUAAGGUUGGAGUCACUUGAUCUUCGAAAUCCACGAGGAAUUGCCAAAAUCCUAGGCACCUUAGUUUCAUUGGCUGGUGUAAUGACCAUGACAUUGUACAGAGGCCCCAUCGUCGAACAACUAUGGAAUCCUCUGGUUCAGAUACAGGGGAAAGCAAACAACAAUCACGAAAGCUGGCUCAAGGGUUCUGUUCUCACGGUGGCGAGCUGCAUCACAUGGUCGCUUUGGUACAUUAUGCAGGCAUUAACACUCAAGAGAUAUCCUGCUCAGUUGUCCCUCACAGCUUGGAUGAGCGCGGUCGGGGCGGUGCAAUCAGCAGUCUUCACAGUCAUUAUAGAGCAUAACAAGUCUGCUUGGACGAUCGGUUUCAAUAUUGAUUUAUGGUCUAUCAUCUAUGGUGGAGUGGUAAUCUCAGGACUAGUGGUAUUCAUUCAGUUGUGGUGCACAGAAGAGAAAGGUCCCGUCUUUGUUACCACCUUCAACCCUCUUGCAACGAUUUUGGUGGCAGUUCUAGCUUACUUUAUCAUGGGAGAAAAGCUCUACCUGGGAAGCAUAAUAGGUGCCGUGGUUGUGAUUGUUGGAUUAUAUUUGCUGCUUUGGGGAAAAGAAGGCGAUCAGAAAGCUCACUCCAAAGCACCAAGUGUUUCUGCUUAUAGUGAGGAAAAGGAAGCCAAUCUACAGAUAAUUACUUCUGGUGAAUCUAAGGUGUCGCCUGGGGAGGCUUAAGAUUUCAUCCAUGUGCACCUUUAGCAAUGAAGAAAGAGAUGUCACAUUGAAAUCAGUUCUGUUUUUCUUUGUUGCUACAACAGUCUUGACAUAUAAUCAAUCCACUUCUAUGAGAGGCUACGUGUAAUAUCAGAUUGAUCCAAACAUAUGAAGAGAAGGAGAAUGAUUCGACAGAUCAUUCAUUAAUGGCAACAAAAAAAAUGUGUGCUAUAGCGAGUAGGAAGUAGCUUUAUGCAAAGCACAGAAGAGAGAGAGAGAAUAGGAAACCCAUAACAGCCCGGAACUCGUCUCUGACGGGCCGACUCGAGGUUUGAUGUCCAAUCGUGUUGACUUGGUUUUCUUUAGGACGAAAACAUCAUAUUUGAGUAUUGUCAAAAUCAAAUUUAUUAAUUGACAUGUGUUAAUCUGUAAAACAUGUGGAAUGAUGAUUAGCUUAUUGUAAUUAUGUUAAGACAAC